AUGGUUGAUAUAGCUCGUGUUUAUUCGCCUGUGGUCGUUUUUCCAAGUAGUGAAGCGCGACCACAAUCAUCCGAUCGUAUUCGAAGUGCUUCAGCUAAACGAAUAUCCAGUCCUAGUACACAUCGUACAUCACGUGUAUCAUCUGCUGUAUCAACUAUUGAAAGUGACGUUAAUGGCCAUGCUCGAUACAUUACAAAUGAAAUAAAUGAUGACAAAGAUUUUGAAACUGAACUUAAAGAAGAACUUACUACUCCAUUAACUGGUAUUAAUCUUCUAGAAUUAAUUAAUGAUAAAAUAUCUAAACUUGAUCAAGCAUUGAGAUCAGUUGAAGCCCCAUCAGAUGCAAAUAAAAAUCAAGCAUUAAUUACUUCCGAAAAACUUCGAGCUAAUGCAAUACAAAAUGGACAAUCAAGACAACAAGUACAACAGUUUGCGGGUCUUCUUGCUUUUAAAUCUACUUUUCAAGAUCAAAUUACAACAACAGUUAAACCAAAGGGAAGUUCUAACACGUUAUUAGACCAAGAUCGAUCAACAUUACUAGAAAUUUUUCAAUAUCCCGGUUUUGAAGAAGCUCGUGUUACUCCGUUACCAUUUAAUGUUUCUCUCGAUAGACAAGUCAUGAGACUUGUACUUCCAAAACGAUAUACUCUAUCAAAACAAGCACCAUAUAUUAAAUCGUUAAUUGAUCUCUACUAUUCUAUGCCAACGAAAGCCUUAAUUUUGGAUAUAUUUUGGUGGGUAUUUCUUGAAAAUUAUCAAAAUCAACCUACAAUUCAAAAGAAAUUACUUGAGCGAUGUUCCACUAACUAUGUUGCUCUUCUUAUGAUGGAACUUGAUUUACGCUAUCGUGAUAAAUGUUUUCAGGUUUAUCCAUCACUUUUAGCUGAAACUGUUUUUGCAUGUUUUAAAGUAUGUUUUCCAUCAUCAAUUAAACAAAUGCCUGCUGAUGCUGAAGCAGCUGGAAAAACUAGUGAUGAAAAUAAAAAUGCACCAUUAGAACUUGGAAAUCUAUCAGAGACUCCUGGUCAACGCAUGAAAGAAUUAGUCAAUUUAGAUACAUUUAAAAGUUCAAUUUCAAAUAUUUGUCAAUUAUGGUUAGGUGGCAUUCCGGCACCACCUCGUCGCUACGUACAAUGGCGAUCAAAAAUUGUUCAACAAGAAAAAAUAUCAUUUAAAGAAACAACACCUUCACCAAGUUCAGCAGUAGCUCCUACAGCAACAACAGCACCGCAUACUUCAUUAACGAUGCCAUCAACUUCACGCAGUUCAGUAAUAAAUGAUGCGAAAACUUCGGGAAGUGAAAGUGCUGUUUCAAGUGCUUAUCAUGUAUCAUUCAAACUAAAUAAACGCAAAGAACCACAUGAACUUUUGGAUGAAAUGUACAAACAUACACACGAUCCAAUACCGGAUCGACGUGUUCUUUUCGAAGAUUAUCGCUUUGAUUUAAAUGGUAAUUCACCAUUAGCAGAAAAAUUCUUACGUUCAAGUCAAAUGUUAAAAAAUACCGGAACACAACUUUUUAUAUCACAUCCACAAAUAAUUCAAGUACCAUCAGCUAAUGAUGAAACAUAUGAUAAUGAAAUAAAACGAGCUGCAAAAAUUUGUCGAAUUGUACGAGCUCAAAAACACAAAGAACGAGCUGAACAACAAGCACAACGUUAUCGACAAGCAGCAAAACAACGUGCAGCAACAUCAACAACACGAGAUGAACUUGAAAAACAAGAGAAAAAAGAUUCAUAA